AUGAAGGAAUCUGCUAAAAAAACACUGAAAAAUUUGCAAGUUGAAGUCAGGCUCAACCAGAAGUUUCCCAAAUCUGUCGUUCAAUCAAAAAUCCCGGAAUUCGAGGAGCUGAUAAAAGCGAAUUUAGAAAAAGCGAGGAAUUGGAAGCCAAUAAGUGUGACGUCGGAAUCAUCGCCAAUCACAGAACUCUUCGAGAAACUAGUCAUCGGCUCUUGCCAAUUGAAAGACGGUGAGAGUCUUUCGAACCUUCUCGAUUUCUCUCUGGACGCCUCCAACAUCCACGUCUACAAACUACACAAAGACGGUCCACUUUCCCAACAAAUCGGGGAAGAUGACAAUGAAGAAAGCAUCAUUGGCUCACAGCUCUGGCAGCUGCCAUGUGUAGAAUUCGAUUCAAUUUGGGAAAACCUAAUUUACGAUUCGAAUUUGAAAAAUGAGGUGAUGUCCUAUGUCAGCGCCCUCGUUAGCCUGUCCGAGAAACGAGUCAAUAUCACAAUUAUCAAUGUUAACCGCCUGAUUUUGCUCACCGGACCACCUGGGACCGGAAAAACUUCUCUUUGCAAAGGACUCGCCCAACACCUCUCAAUCAGUAUGAACAAUCGAUAUUCGAAGUCUGUGAUGAUGGAAAUCAACAGCCACAGUCUCUUCUCGAAGUGGUUUUCCGAGAGUGGAAAAUUGAUUCAAAAAAUGUUCGAUCAAAUCGAUGAGCUGGCUGAAGACGAGAAUUGCAUGGUUUUCGUCCUAAUCGAUGAAGUGGAAUCGCUCGGAAUGUGUCGCGAAUCCUCAUCGUCUCGCUCCGAACCAUCCGACGCCAUUCGAGCUGUAAACGCUCUUCUGACUCAAAUUGAUCGUAUUAGAAGACGUCACAACGUGUUGAUUUUGUGUACGUCGAAUCUGGAAAAUACGCUGGAUAAGGCUCUGGUGGAUCGUGCAGACAUCGUUCGGAAUGUGGGUCAGCCGUCGGAUUACGCGAGGUACUCGAUUCUGAAGGCGUGCAUUUUUGAGUUGGCGAGAAUCGGAAAGGUUGUGGAAGAAGAUGCCGGCGCGAUGCCACAAGACAUUCAGAAUACCGACGCUUUCAUGAAUCCACACUCCCAAUCGCUGCUGGAAAUCGCUAAAGAAGCCCGUGGGCUCUCCGGCCGCGCAAUCUCGAUGCUUCCCACACUGGUCUACGCUAACAGUCUAGGAGCCACGAUUUCGCUUGACGAGUGUAUGGAGCUGUUCCGUGAAGCUGUCAAGGAGCGUUUGAAUCGGAAUAGUGUCUGA